AUGUAUUCCGUCAAACCAUAUCUGAAUUCCUACGAAGAUAUGGGUCUGCCUGAUGUGAUGUAUUCAGUAAAGAGUUAUCAUUACAUACCUCAUACUAACGAAUCGAUAGAAAAUGUUGCAAGUGGUAUCAGUGGUAUCAACACUGCUAUGGAAGAAAGUUUAGAGGAAAUUAUUGACAGACAUCAAGUAGAGCUCAUUGAAGAGCUUACAGUAUUUAUUAAUCAUUUAAAUAAAGCACUAACAAGCUGUUCUUCGUUUUCAAUAAAAAGUGAAGCAACAUUCGGAGAGCCGAAGACUCACUCCAGCCUUCUCCAUCAACAAUUUACAUUUAGAAAGAAUAAAGUUGGUACUUCAGCAAAGGAAGAGGUGGGUACAUCCUAUCUUCCUGCAUUAACUGUUUUCGAAACUGUAAAAUAUCUCGUGAACACUGUCACACUUGUUGGCGAUACUGAAGAACUGUGGUUAAAAAACUUGGCAAGAGUUGGUGCCAGAGCUUCCAUAGUGUUUGAAGGAUUAAAUGAUGGGAUCAGUACACCACAUUGCACUAUUAAAUUGCAAACAUCUAACAGCCGCAAAAGCUUAAUAGCCGAAGUAAAUGGCACGAAAGUGUCAGAGCAUAUCACAGUUUGGAAGUUACUUGGCGCAUUGAUCUCGCUUUAUCCAACUACUCCGAAGCACGCUGAUAUCUGUACUCAUAUAGAUUAUUGGCUGCUACUAAUAGAUGACGUACUAUCGAACAGUAGUAAUGAAGAUAGUUUAUGUCGUGAAAUGAGUACUGCUUUAAGUCAGCACGAUUAUCUGGUUCCAAAUGUUGGCGCAACGCUGGCUGAUGUUCUUGCAUAUUCCGUUAUUGCGAAACAAUCAUAUUAUGCAAAUAAUGUCGAAUUGUGGUUACGACGUAUGGAUAAAUUUCUCCAACAGGCUCAACCAUGCUUUUAA